AAAUGAGCAUUAAUUAGAUGUUCCUCAAUAGCAUAGAAUCCCAACUUAGAUGAAAAAGUUUUCAAGAUAUAGAAAACCACACUCUUUCGUUACACGUCGGCAUCAUAUCUACACAUUGAAAAGGGGAGUUUCACUUCAUUCAAAUUCAUCUCAUCACCAAAAACUAAACAACAACAUGAGCAAGGACUGCGGCAACCACGGCGACGACCACCGGAAGAAGCUCUACCGCCACAUCUUCCUGAGCGCGGCGGCGUUCGUCGCCGCCGUGCUCUUCGCGAUCCUGCUGGUGUGGCUGAUCCUCCGGCCGGCGAAGCCGCAUUUCAUCCUCCAGGACGCCACCGUGUACGCCUUCAACCUCUCCGCCCCGAACCUCCUCACCGCCACCAUCCAGAUCACGCUCUCCUCCCGCAACCCUAACGGCAGGAUCGGCGUCUACUACGACAGGCUGGACGUCUACGCCGCCUACCACAGCCAGCAGAUCACGCUGGCGACGCGGCUGCCGGCCUCCUACCAGGGCCACAGGGACAUCACCGUGUGGUCGCCGUUCGUGUACGGCGCGGCCGUGCCGGUGGCGCCGUACCUGGCGGCGUCGCUCGGGCAGGACGAGCUGACGGGGACGGUGCUGAUCCACGUUAGGGUUGACGGCAGGGUUAGAUGGAAAGUUGGGACGUUUAUCUCGGGGAGUUAUCACCUGUAUGUCAACUGCCCCGCCUAUAUCAACUUUGGCGCCAAAAAUAACGGCAUCGCCGCCGUUGGAUCCGCCAUCAAAUAUCAGCUGCUUAUGGAUUGCAAUGUUGAUGUUUGAGAAUUUUUUUUUCUUUUUUUUUUUUUGGAAGAACGUAACGAAGAAUUAUUUGU